GCGCGCGCACGAUGCGGCGGCUCGCGUGGCUAUUACUAUUGACGUGCGCACGCGCAGAGAUCCUCACGCCGCCGUACUUCAACUUGGCUUUAGGAAAAAAGGUGACAGCCACAGCGACCUGCGGCGAUGAAGGACCCGAGCUCUACUGCAAACUGGUCGGCGCGAACGCCGAUCACGACGAACACGUGAUACAGGGACAGGUUUGCGAUAUUUGCGACUCGACAAAUGAAGCGAAGAAACACCCUCCAGAGUACGCGGUGGACGGCAUGGGAACCUGGUGGCAGUCCCCCCCACUCUCAAGGGGGAUGAAGUACAAUGAAGUCAACCUCACCAUCGACUUGGGUCAGGAGUUCCAUGUGGCAUACGUGUUCGUGCGUAUGGGCAACUCUCCGCGCCCCGGACUGUGGGCGCUGGAGAAAUCCACCGACUACGGGAAAACCUUCAAACCCUGGCAAUAUUUCUCCGAUUCACCUCAGGAUUGCGAGCGAUACUUCGGCAAGGAGAGUCUGCAGCCGAUCACCAGAGACGACUCUGUCAUCUGCAGCACCGAGUACUCCAAAAUCGUGCCCCUAGAGGGGGGAGAGAUCCCAAUAUCCCUGCUAACAUACCGACCGUCGGCGUACAACUACUUCAACUCGUCGGUACUACAAGAAUGGACGCGCGCAACCAACGUGCGCCUGCGCCUGCUGCGAACUAAGAACCUGCUAGGACAUCUCAUGUCCGUCGCCCGGCAAGAUCCCACGGUCACAAGACGGUACUUCUACAGCAUCAAGGACAUAAGUAUCGGGGGUCGCUGCAUGUGCAACGGUCACGCCGACACCUGCGGGCCCACUGCUCCAGAGAGUGAGAGCAAUAUACUGGCUUGCAGCUGCCAGCACAAUACCUGCGGCCCACAGUGUGCACAGUGCUGCCCCGGCUUCGAGCAGAAGAAGUGGAGGAUCUCGCAGAACUGGAACCGAUUUGAGUGCGAACCGUGCAACUGCCACAAUCACACGACGGAAUGCAUCUACGACCCAGAAGUGGAUGAGAAGCGUCUCUCGCUGGACAUCCGCGGCCGUUACGAGGGUGGCGGCGUCUGCCAGAACUGUCAGCAUAACACUGAGGGAAUCAACUGCAAUAAAUGCAAGCCAACGUACUACCGUCCGUACGGCAAGCAAUGGGGAGAGAUCGAUGUGUGCCAGCCGUGUAAUUGCAACCUUCACUAUUCCACGGGUAACUGCGGCGAGGAGUUCGGCCAGUGUGAGUGUCGGCCCGAGUUCAACCCGCCGAACUGCGACUCCUGCGCAUACGGCUACUUCGACUACCCCAACUGCAAGCCUUGCACAUGCAACCUCAACGGGACAGAAGGCGAACACUGCACGCCUACUGAUGGAGUGUGUCCCUGCAAAUACAACUACGACGGGAAAUCCUGUGAAAUGUGCCGCGAUGGAUAUUAUUCGCCAGAGUGCAAAAAUUGCGAGUGUAACCUGGUGGGGUCCGCUUCGAGCGUGUGCGACAAGGUAUCUGGGAACUGCACAUGCAAGAGUAAAUACGCCGGCAGGACGUGCAACCAGUGCGAGGCAGGAUACUACAACUACCCUACUUGCAAACAUUGCAACUGCGACACCAGCGGGACCCAGGCGAGUAUAUGCGAUGACGUCACUGGUCAGUGUAUCUGCAAGGAAGGCUUCGGAGGAUCGCGAUGUGAUCAGUGUAUAUCUGGCUACUAUAUGGAGGUCCGUGGUCGCGAGCGUCUCUGCGUACCCUGCAACUGCUCGCCGACCGGGUCGACGUCCACCAGCUGCUCCGCUGACGGCAAGUGCAACUGCCUGGUUAACUUCGGAGGCAAGCAGUGCGACCAAUGCUCACCAGGCUACUACAAGUUCCCCGAGUGUUUGUCAUGCAACUGCGACGUGUCAGGCUCCUUGGGGUCAACCUGCGAGGACAAUGGUCAAUGCCACUGCCGACCAAACUUCGACGGCCCAAAGUGCGACCGGUGCAAGGAACAGUUCUACAACUACCCCGCCUGCGAGGAGUGCAACUGUGACCCUAGAGGCGUCAUCGCUACGUUUUCUGGGUGUGGGUCCGUGCCCGCGGGAGAACUGUGCCAGUGCAAGGACCGAGUCCAGGGUCGCAUCUGCAACGACUGCAAGCCGCUCUUCUGGAACCUGCAGGAGUAUAACCCACUUGGCUGCGAAGAAUGUAACUGCCACCUAGCGGGCACGUUGGGCGGACUCGGAGCGUGCGAUACUCGCUCAGGACAAUGUACGUGCAAGCUGCACGUGGGCGAACGUGCGUGCGACCAGUGCCAAGAUGGCUUCUACCGGCUAGAGAACAACAACGUCUUCGGGUGUACUGAGUGUGACUGCGAUAUCGGGGGUUCCAUCGACAAUAACUGUGACAAGACGACCGGACAAUGCCGCUGCCACUCCAGGGUGGAAGGCAGGCGCUGUGACCGGCCCAUCCGCGCCCACUACUUCCCCACACUCCACCAAUUCCAAUACGAGGUGGAGGAGGGCCUCACUCAGUCCGGCCCUGUGCGCUACAGGAACUCUGAUGAAGCAUUCCCUGGAUACUCGUGGAAAGGAUACGUUGUCUUCUCUAUGCUGCAGAACGAAGUGAUCAACGUGGUGCACAUAUCCAAGUCCUCGCUGUACCGCAUGGUGCUGAAGUAUGCCAACAAACUGCACGACCCUGUCACCGCCACCAUCACCAUCACACCAGAAAGUGUGGCUGAUAUUCAGCAGACAUUCAACGUGUACCUCCGUCCGACGGUGUUGCCGCAGCUGAUCACGGUGGCUGGAGACAAGGGCAUAGCCCCCGCGCCCUUCGUCAUGAACCCUGGCAACUGGACCGUCACCAUCAAGACCAAUAAGGAGAUCAUGAUUGACUACUUCGUGCUGAUCCCAGAAGCGUACUAUGAGGCGACUGUGCUGACGAAGGUGGUGGACAAGCCAUGCGUGGUGGGCGACCAAGCUCUCUGCCGCCAGUUUGCGUACCCCAGCUUGAGUGGUCACCCCGUCGCUGAUGUCUCCGGACUUGAGACAAGCGUCAGCUCCUUCGUCGACGAUGAGGAGCAACUCAAAGAACUGAACGCCGAAGUGACAGACAUCCCUUUGCUGAACGCGGAUCAAUCAGAACUGCAAUACAACAUCAAGAUAGACCCGAGUGGCCCUUACAUACUCCUCGUGGAAUACGUCACUCCUAUUAACAGAUCCUUGGAUAUCAACGAAGUGGACUCAAACUGGACCACAACGUACGCUCCUAAGGGCUCGGUGACUCUAAGGUUCAAGUCAGGAGACUAUCCUGAGACCGUAGCUCUGGUGAACCUGAAUGAGUGUCCGUAUACCUCACCGUGCAGACAGGCCGUGGUAGACGAUCUGUCAAAGAUCUUCGUCUUCAAUGUGCAAGCGCCGAAUAAUGUUAUUUACUUGGAUGGUGAGCCAGACACGUUAACGGGUAUCAAGUCAGUGACAGCUGUGCCUGAGUCGGAGUGGCAUUUGGACUACAUCACACCGCGACCCUAUUGCCUGCGACGCAACGGCAAAUGUGACCCCGCCGUCUUCUCUGCUGCUGUCGACUCUAAGAAGGUGGAGAUAGAAUCCGGCACGGGCGGCGACCGGGAGACCAGGCCGCCCAUCCUGGACAACUCCACCGUGGUCGUCUACCUGGCGCCGCAAUCCGAGCCCAUCAGGUUGGAGUCCAAGGUGCCCGCUCCAGGGGAUUACAUGUUCCUGCUGCAUUACUACCAGCCUGAUCAUCCUGAGAGCAGCAUCGACGCGACAAUAAACCUGGAUGGACAGCGACAAUUCGAGACUAAAGUAUCCGUGGAACACUGCCCGUCCAACUCCGGGUGCAGAGCCCUCAUCAAACUGGCUGAUGGAAACCCAAGGUUCGCCGUCAACGAGAACUUCACACUCACAUUCAAUGGCAACUCGAGCAAAGGCGUGUGGAUGGACUAUGUGCUGGUGAUAGCGAACGAGGACUACGUCGACUCAGCGCUGAAGGAAGCCAACAUGUUGGACUAUACACGAGAGUUCAUCGACAAGUGCGCUGCCAACCAGUAUUACGUCGCUCCUAAUGAGACUGGGUUCUGCAGAGACGCAGUAUUCUCUAUAACGGCGGAGUACAACAGUGGGACGUUGCGUUGUUUCUGCGAUGUGGAGGGGUCCACGGACCUGGAAUGUGAGACCUUCGGCGGCCAGUGUCGGUGCCGGCCCAACGUCAUCGGCCGCACCUGCAGCGCUUGCCGCACCGGAUACUACGGCUUCCCCAACUGCAGGCCAUGUAACUGCCCGUCUACUGCUAUUUGCGAUGAUGAUGGUCGUUGCAUCUGCCCGAAAAACGUGGAGGGAGAGAACUGCGAUCAUUGCAAGCCGUUCACGUUCAACUUUGACGAGCUGCGCGGCUGCGACGACUGCAACUGCAACCCGCUGGGCGUGCUCGACAACCAGCUGCAGUGCGAGGCCGACAGCGGAAACUGCGCGUGUAAGGAGAACGUGAUAGGCCGUAUGUGCGACCAUUGCGUGCCGGGCCACUACGCGUUCCCAGACUGCGUGCGUUGUUCGUGCGAGGUUGACGGGACUACCGAAGACGUGUGCGACCAGAACACGGCCCAGUGCUACUGCAAGAAGCAUGUCCGUGGCCAAGCGUGCAACCUCUGCAGGGAGGAAUACUUCAAUCUCCAGUCUGACAAUCCUGAUGGCUGUACAAAAUGCUACUGCUUUGGGAAGACAACUAGAUGCGCCAGCUCUUACUUGUACUGGGCUGAGAUCAACGGUAUGACUGACUGGUACUUGGCCAACAUCGAAGUCAACCGGACGCUGAACAUCUUCCCGCAUUCCACGCCGAGCCUGCUCAACGACACAGUCAUUGGAGCCGAGCUUGGAGAUAGCGACGAGAACCAAAAGAUCGUCUACUUCGGAGCUCCAGACUAUUACUUCGGAAAACGCCUGACGACCUACGGCGGCUAUCUCACCUACUCAAUCUUCUAUACGACUCGCAUGGACAGCCACGCCGUCGCUGCUCCUGACGUCAUCAUCGGGGGAUCCAACGGCUACAUUGUCCACAAUAGUAUCGAGCAGCCCCCAGCACAGGACAACUGGAUGCAUAGUGUACGGAUCUCAGAAGAAGAGUUUACGAACCUCGAUGGCACACCAGUAACUAGGGACCAGUUCAUGAACAUCCUCGUUAACGUUACCAGCAUUUACAUCAGAGCUACGUAUGAAGAUGAAGGUGUCACAACAAGACUUAUGUCCGUGAGCCUGGACGUGGGCGUCGAAGACUACUCUGAAGGAGCCAAGCAGGCGACAUCAGUGGAACAGUGUCAAUGCCCCAGUGCGUACAGAGGGUACUCGUGCGAGCAAUGCGCUGAGGGUUACUACCGACUCAGUUCAGGGCCCCACGCUGGUUUCUGCGUGCCCUGCCAGUGCAACGGACAUUCCAAUGAGUGUGACGUCAAUACUGGGAUCUGUCUGGACUGUCAAGAUAACACGAUGGGCGACCAUUGCGAGCAAUGUAUUCCUGGUUACCAUGGCGACGCCUCAGUCGGGACCCCACGGGAUUGCCUUAUCUGCGCAUGCCCUAUACCUUACGCCGUCAACAAUUUUGCGAUAGGUUGUGAUCUAAGCGAGAAUGGUUCGCUGAUAUCUUGCGACUGCAAGCCAGGGUACGGCGGCGCGAGGUGCGAAUUCUGUGCUACCGGCUAUUAUGGAGAACCAGAGAACAUUGGCGACUACUGCAAGCCGUGCAACUGUUCGGGUAACAUCAACAUCAACGACCCUGGCUCCUGUGACAGCCACACUGGUGACUGCCUCAAGUGCGUCAACAACACUGCUGGCGCCGCCUGCAACCUCUGCGCCCCUGGCUUCUUCGGUGACGCUAUCUUCUCCAAAAAUUGUACAGCCUGUAUCUGCGAUGAGUUUGGGAUGGACCGCUGCGAUUCGACAACAGGCACUUGUGUGUGCCGGCCCGGCGUCAUUGGUGAGAAGUGCGACCGAUGCGCCCCCGACCACUGGGGGCUGAGCAGCGGACAGGGGUGCACGCCAUGCGACUGCGGUUUAGCCUCCGAUUCUACACAGUGCGAUGAUAACAACGGCCAGUGCAGAUGCGCAAAAGGCGUAACAGGAAGACAUUGCGACCAGUGUGCAGCUGGUUACUGGAACUACACGAAGGAAGGAUGCGAUCAUUGCAACUGCAAUACGGGAUACUCGGUCGGAUUUAUGUGCAACGCCACGGGACAGUGCGAGUGUCUUCCAGGUGUUAUUGGAGAGAAGUGUGACAGAUGCCCGGAGAGGUGGGUGCUGAUCCCCCACCAGGGUUGCGAGUCCUGCGAUUCCUGCACAGAUGCCCUACUGUUCACAGUCCAGGACAUGCGGGAUCUGCUUAUCAACGAGACCCAAGACUUCAAGGACAAAGCGGACUCGUUCUUCACGACCCAGCGUCUGAACUACAUCUCCAACCAGACCCAGGAGUUGAGACCAAAGGUGGCAGAGCUAAAGAACGUCGAUGAUGCCGAAGCCUCAUCCGCCGUCAAAGCUUUGGAAACCAGCGCCAAGAAUUUGCUCAGAUCGGCGGAAUUCGCAGCAACCGACAGUGACAAACAGAUCGGCAGGGCAGCAGAACUGGCCAAGGCUGCAGAUCAGACCCUGGCGUCAGUUCGGGAACACAGCGGCAAAGCCAAGGAUGUGGUCGCUCACGUGGCAGACCUCGCUACUGGACUGGAGCUCAGCCAACAGCCGAAGGUCGAUAGCGCCUUGACAGAAGCCACACAAAUUAACAGCGAUAUUGCUGCUAAGGACCUGAAACCAAAAGAAGAACAUUCGUUCAACGCUUUCGCAAACGCAACCGCACAAAUUGAACGAAUGAACGUUUUUGUACAGCCUGUCAAUGAUCAAGCUAAGAAAUUCGAGAGUCUGAUGAAUGCGACGCAAGAAUUGAAGAAUAAGUUGGAAGAGAUGCUCGACUACAUUGACCUGGCGCAACAUAAGGCCACCGAUGCCGACAGACUCAAUGCCAAUAACAAAGAAUCCAAAUUCGGCAACAAGGUCGCAUCAGUGACGAAGCUCAACGGAGCGGCAAUGAAGGAUCUGAUUGACGCAGCUCUAGACAUCAGCAACGCAACAUUGUACAACAACCUCGCUUCAGCCAUCGUCAAAAACUCCACCAAAGCGCUAGAAGAAAACAACAAUGCUAACAAUGACAUGGAAGAGAGGUUGGCCAGGAUCGCCGAGGAACUCCCGCAGUUAAAGAAUGUUACCGACGAGGCUUUGGGGCAUGCAAGGAGUUUGAGGAAUAGGGCGGAUAAUCUCCGAGCGCUAGCCGAACGAGAGAACAACAACACAAGGACCCAGCACGCGUACAGUGCUGCAUCAGCAUACUCCUCUAUCGUCCAGGAGAUCGGAGAUGCCAAACGAGCUGGAGAUGAGGCAGAAGUCGCUGUCAGCAAUGUUACUAACAUUAACGAACAACUGAAGGAGCGAGUAACUCCUGCCCGCGACCGGUCAGGCGAUCUGUUGAACAGAGCCGCUAAGGCUCUGGAUACUGUUGAGCAGCAACUGCGACCUAACUUGACUAAGGCCGAGGAAGGACUGAAGAAUGCGCAUGCCAUGCUAGGAUCCGCCGAUGACGAGGACAAUGCUAUACAACUCUCCCUCCCGAACCCCGGCCAGUUCUCCCUUGAAGAUGAAAUGGAGAAAGCGGAGAGAGUAAACGCCACAGUGAUUAUAACCCAGGACAUCAUGUCUCAGUUCGGCAACGACCUGGCCAUCAGUAAGGAGUGGGCGCAGACGCUGCCCAAGCAGGCUGACGAUACGCAGAAGAUGAUGUCCAACGUCAAUAACUUGUUAACCAACAUAAACGAAAUGAACCCGAAUAUCUCGACCACGUACCGAGCCGUGAAGAUGCGCCAGGAAGACCUGGAGAAUCAAAGAAUGGAAGCGGAUGAGAAACUUAACAAACUACGAAAUCUUAUUGAACAGGCCCGGACGGUAGCCAAUCGCAUCCAAGUAGGCGUGGACUUCGACCGUCACUCGACGCUGCAGCCGCGCCUGCCUGACUCCGUCGAUGAGAUGUCGACCUCGACACAUGUCUCCGCCUACUUCCGCACCAAGGAGAAGAACGGCUUCCUCCUCUACCUUGGCAAUCCAAUUGACACCAACCUGAGGAGGACUAAGUCUGACGACUUUAUGGUGAUCAGUAUACAAAAUGGAUAUCCUUACCUGGUAAUGGACAUAGGAGACAGCGCCGAGUCGGGAAGAGAACCUGCCAAGAUCGGCAGCGACAAAUAUGUGGCGGACAACAAGUGGUACCAGGUCAUCGUAGACAGAGUCGGUCGCAAUGUGAAGCUCUCAAUCCGCGAGAGUUUAGACAACGGUACAGAGUACACCCACUCCAAGGAAGCCGUCUUGCCCGGACAACACACCAUCUUCAACCUGGACCGACAGAAGUCCAAACUGUACGUGGGUGGAGUACCCUCGGAUGCCAAACUUCAGGGCAUCGCCUUCCCAGCUUUUGAGGGCCAGAUCGAAGAGCUCAUGAUCGGAGACACCCCAGUCGGGUUGUGGAAUUUCGUUGACGCUGAAAACUUGACGGGGGCUAGACAGAGAGACAAGCUGAUUUCCUCUCAGUCUGGUUCUCAAGAAUAUCGGUUCAAUGGGCGAGCUCACGUUACCAUGUCUGGCAGAAGAUAUCUUGAACGACAGAAGAACCAAGUGUUGCUGUACUUCAGAACGUACGCCCCAGACGGCCUGAUCUACCUGGUCGGAGAAGGCGCAUCCUUCUUCUCUAUACAGAUGCAAGAUGGCAGAGUGUAUCUUCAGGUAUCUCUCGGCAACCCAGAAGACCUGGUCAUCAUCGGUACAACGAAGACAUACAACGACGGGAAAUGGCAUAAACUGGAUGCAGGUCGAUACCUCACUAAGUGCGUCCUCAAAGUUGACAGCGAAACCCUCAAGAUGGACUCGAAUUCCCCCACGCCGGAAAUCCCAGAGAUCGAUACUAUGAACUUUGGCGGGAACAACAAGGGAAUCAUACAAGUGACCAAUAAAGGAUUUGACGGAUGUCUUAGAGAUAUCAUCAUUGAAGGUACAAACCUGGACUUCACUGAAACUAAAGAGGCAAUCGGCGUGGCUAAUGGAUGUCAAUUUGCAUCUCUGGUGGCGCUGUCUGGAGACAACAGCUACCUGCGCUACGUGGACAUCACAACAGAGAACCUGCAGCUCACACUUAAGUUCAAGACGUCGCAACCAGACGGGUUGCUGUUUGUCUACGUCAGCCGCACGCAGACUGCCGCCACGCCUGACAGUGUCUCAUUAUCACUGGUUAAAGGCAAAUUAGUACUGAUGAGUCAACGCGAGCAGCUGGACACAGGUCUGAGCACGUACAACGACUCACAGUGGCACGUGGUAACUGUCACACACAACAACAUGGCGCUCCGGCUUGUAGUCGACGACUUCGACUACUUCAGUACUGACACGGCACCAGACCCGCUCCACAUACUCGACGGGGUAUUGUUCGUGGGCGGGGUACAGCCGGGCUACGUGGUGGGAGGGAAGAUGGGCUCCAAAGCUCCGUUCCAGGGCUGCAUCGCAGACGCCACGCUCAACGGGCGGGUGCUCAACCUGCUCGAGCCGUUCAGCAACCACAGCGUCACGUUCGGACGCUGUGGCAGUACCACCACCACCGGUGGAGUGGCUCCAGAUUCGGCAACAUGGUUGCCACCCAUGCAGCCAGGAGUGCUGCCUACCCCACAAACAGACGAAACAGUUGACUGGCACCAGCCUGAUGUCGAGCAGCCGCCAGUACACAAAGAUGAAGAUAAUGUGCCUCCAAGUAGGGAGACAGUGACAGUGGCGCCGCUGCCGACGACGCGAGCGCCGCAUACGACGCGGGCGCCGCCGGUAUCCACCGCGCGCGCCUUCACCACCACGCAACGCACGCCGCCGCAGCCCGAGUCUGGCUGCGCGCUCGCCUACGACGCGCAGUACGGCGUCGGAAACCCUGAAGAAGGCUACCGAUUCGGUACAAGAAACGACAGCCACAUCAGGUACGCGAAGCUGCCGGGCAGACAGCUGGAGGGCUUCGACCUCACCAUGACCUUCCGAACCUUCGACCAAGACGGAGGGCUCAUAUUCUAUGCGGCCUCCGAUGUCGACCCCAAUCAGUUCCUAGCAGUGUUCAUGAAGGAGGCUCAGUUGAACUUCGCCUUCAACUGCGGCGGAGAGACGGGCUUAGUAGUGUCCGCAGCCACAUACAACGAUGCGGAGUGGCAUACAGUCACUGUGGUGCGGAACAACGGUCAUGGCAAGCUGAGCGUCGACUCAGACCGGGUCGGUGCUGAAACCAGCGUCACGUGCAACGCUCCCGCAGUCCUUACCGCACCUAUAUACUAUGGCGGGCUGAGCAACAUCACUGAGACCAUCAUGCAGCAUUUGAUGGGUUUCUACCAGCCGUUCAAGGGCUGCCUGAAGGGGCUUAUGAUGAACGGGCAGUAUGUGACGGAGAUUCAGAAGCGCGUCAACUCCCUGCGCUGCACCGACAACAUCGAGGAUGGAGUCUACUUCGGACCUUCCAGCAACACGCACAGCAACUAUUUGAAGCUCCAAGAGAACUUCAAAGUGGGCUUCGAGAUCUCUAUUUCGAUGGAGGUGAAGCCGCGUAACUCCACUGGGUUGCUGCUGAGCGUCCACGGCAAGAAGGACUUCAUGAUCCUGGAACUUCUGGAGAACGAAGUGGUCGCUAACGUGGAGAACGGCAGGGGACCCUUCCACGCCAGCUACAAACUCGGCAACAAGUUCUCUCUCUGCGACGGCAAGUGGCAUAAGAUCCAUGCUGUGAAGUCUCGCCAUGUUGUGUCUGUGGGGGUAGAUGGACACUUCUCAGACGCAGGGCUCGGCGUAUCAGGCUCCACUGACACGCGCUCCGCCCUCUACAUCGGAGGAAACGAGCGCCCCAUCUCCAAGGUGCGUGGAGUAAGAUCGAGGCGCGGGUUCACCGGCUGCAUCAGGAACAUUAUCAUCAAAGAAACGCCCGUGAAAAUCCCGCUGACUGCGGCAGGCAGAAACACACACAUCGGCGUUUGCCCCGUCGACUAAACUUAAAAAGAAUCCAAAAAAUAUAUCGCCUCAAAAAUGAGCAAAAAUAAAGUUACUAAAUAUUGUGCCAUAUUUUAUGAACCUAAGAGAACUGUUUGCAAAGAGUAUUAUUUUAUAAGUAAUUGCAAUGUAUGAAAAAUCUUUACCGUUAUAUACCAAUUGUUUUUCACAUGCACUGUCACGUAACAAUAUUUAACGUUUUUAAUGUAGGUAUUUAAUUAAAUUACCAAAUCAAAUAUACCAUACUUAUUUUUGUAAUGCAAUAGUGAAUUUAUUUUGUGAUUUCUCCAGAAUUUUAUGUUUUUGACAGAAAUAAAUAGACUGAAUCAUAA